UGACUUGAAUCAAGCCGGAACUUAUGUGUUUUCGUUUUCUUGCAUCGUCAUUCUCUUGUCUUAGCCCUAUGACCUGCACAUAAUCUCAGCCAUUUUUCCAUCUUGAAAACUUUGACUCACGACAUCAAACACGCUAAUACCAACACAAUGUUAGAUAUCAACGCUUUCCUCGUCGAAAAGGGUGGUGAACCAGACAAGAUCAAGGAGUCUCAAAAGAAGAGAGGUGCCUCGGUCGAAUUAGUCGAUGAAAUCAUCAACGAUUACAAGAACUGGACCAAGAUUAGAUUUGACUUGGAUGCUAAGAACAAGGAAAUUAACAGCACCCAAAAGCAAAUUGGACAAAAGUUCAAGGCCAAGGAAGAUGCCAGUGAGCUCAUCGCCACCAAGGACCGUUUAACCGAAGAAAAGAAGACUUUGGUUGAACAGGAACAAAAGGCCGAUGCUGACUUGAGAUUCAAGGUCAACCAAGUCGGUAACAUUGUUCACGAAUCCGUGGUUGUUUCCAUGGAUGAAGACAACAACGAAUUGGUCAGAACCUGGGCCCCAGAAAAUUACGAGGUUAGCCAAACCGCUUCUGCCACCGGUGCUCCAGCCUCCUUAUCCCAUCAUGAAAUCUUAUUAAGAUUGGACGGUUACGACCCAGAAAGAGGUGUCAGAAUUGUUGGUCACCGUGGUUACUUCUUGAGAAACUAUGGUGUUUUCUUGAACCAAGCUUUGAUCAACUAUGGUUUGAGUUUCUUGGCCAAGAACGACUACACUCCUUUGCAAGCCCCAGUUAUGAUGAACAAGGACGUUAUGGCUAGAACUGCCCAAUUAUCUCAAUUCGACGAAGAAUUGUACAAGGUCAUCGACGGUGAAGAUGAAAAGUACUUGAUUGCCACUUCUGAACAACCAAUCUCCGCUUACCAUGCUGGUGAAUGGUUCGAGUCUCCACAAGAGCAAUUGCCAGUCAGAUACGCUGGUUACUCCUCUUGUUUCCGUAGAGAAGCUGGUUCUCACGGUAAGGAUGCUUGGGGUAUUUUCAGAGUUCAUGCUUUCGAAAAGAUCGAACAAUUCGUUUUGGCUGAACCUGAAAAGUCCUGGGAUGAAUUUGAUAGAAUGAUUGGUUUGUCCGAAGAAUUUUACAAGUCUUUAGGUUUGCCAUACAGAGUUGUUGGUAUUGUUUCCGGUGAACUUAACAAUGCUGCUGCUAAGAAGUACGAUUUGGAAGCUUGGUUCCCAUUCCAAAAGGAAUACAAGGAGCUUGUUUCUUGUUCCAACUGUACUGACUACCAAUCCCGUAACUUGGAAAUCAGAUGUGGUAUUAAGCAACAAAACCAAUCGGAAAAGAAGUAUGUUCACUGUUUGAACUCUACUUUGUCUGCUACCCAAAGAGCUUUGUGCUGUAUUUUGGAAAACUACCAAAAGGAAGAUGGUUUGGUUGUGCCUGAAGUCUUGAGAAAGUACAUUCCAGGGGAGCCAGAAUUCAUCCCAUACGUCAAGGAAUUGCCAAAGAACUCUACUUCCAACAAGAAGAAGGCUGGUAAGAAUUAAUAGAUCGAUAGUAUACCGACACAAUAUAACGAUUAAUUUGAGUCCUGGCAACAUAUAGACCGAAGUACGCGUCGAGCUCUUUGUGCUUCGUGUAUUUUCGGAGUUCCAUGCUUUCUCCUCUGUGUAGACAUGUUGAUCUGCAACUUUCUAUUUGCGAAGAGUAUUGAUGUGUGGAUGUCAUGAUGAGCCCAGCACUUUAUAUGGAAGGUCUAUCGUGCAGCCGAUGCCACCUUUUUC